AUGAGUGAAGAGAAAAGGAAAAGACAAGCUAAAGCUUCAGUAUUAUCUGAAGAACAAAAAAAAGCUCAUCAUAUAGCAUCUGAACAAAAGAGAAGAGAGAAUAUUAGAUCAGAAUUUGAUAAAAUUGUUUCCUUAACUCCAACAUUGAAUGAAUCAGAAAAUAGGUCGGAGUUGAAUAUAUUAACUAAAUCAGCUGAUUAUAUUGAUACUUUGAAGUCAGAGAAUGAGAAAUUGGUGGCUUUAUGCAGAGAAAGAGGAAUUGCUAUCCCUGAAGAUUUAAUUUACACAGGUCCUGAUGAUAUUCAAGAUCUUGAUUUAGAAGAAAGUAAGAUAAAGGGAAAUAUUUAG